AUUGCUGGAAUUACCCACCCAUAAUAGACACAUUUACCGAGACAGUUGACAGGAUACACAGAUGACUUCUAAUACAGAAAAACAAAAGGACUAUAACUGGUGAAUUAUCAGGAAUAAAAGCACUUGGAUUUGUGAGGACUCAAAGAAGGACUCAGAAAUGGCUGCUGUGUUUCCCCGUGCUGAAGAUGACUACUUAUGUUCAAUAUGCAGCAAGGUCUUCAACAAUCCUGUUCUGCUGUCCUGCAGCCACAGCUUCUGUAAAGACUGUCUGGAGCUCUGGUGGGUGGAUAAACCUUUACGCCCAUGUCCUCUGUGUCGAGCACCUUCAACAGGUGAGCCACACCGUAACCUGGCAUUAAAGAACCUGUGUGACUCCUUCUUAAAGCAGCUUUCUCUGGAAGAGAAGACCUCUGAAACAGAGACCGUCUGUAGUCUGCAUUCAGAGAAGUUGAAGCUCUUCUGUCUGGAUCAUCUUCAGCCUGUGUGUGUAGUCUGUCGGGAUUCCAAAGCUCACACCAACCACAGAUUCAGACCCAUCGAUGAGGCUGCAGGCGACUACAAGGAGGAGCUCAGGAAACACCUGAAGCCCUUACAGGAUAGAAUAGAGCACUUCAAUAAAGUCAAAGUGGAGUGGGAUCAAACAGCAGCAUAUAUAAAGACCCAGGCUCUAGACACAGAGAAACAAAUCAAGGAGAUGUUUAAGAAACUUCACAAGUUUUUAGAAGAGGAAGAGAAGGCCAGGGUCAUCGCUUUAAGGAUGGAGGGGGAGGACAAGAUUUUGAGGAUGUCAAGAAAGAUUGCAGCUUUAAGCAAAGAGUUAGCACAUCUUUCAGAGACGAUCAAAGCCACAGAAAAGGAACUGAAAUCUGGAAGUGUCACAUUCAUGCUCAACUACAAGACUGCAGUGGAAAGAGUCAAGCAGCGCCCCCUGGUGGAGGAGCCACAGCUGGGGCCAGGAGCUCUGAUGGUUGUGGCCAGACACCUGGGCAACCUGAGCUUCAACGUCUGGAACAAGAUGAAGGAGAUGGUGACGUAUUUUCCCGUAGUUCUGGAUCCAAACACUGCAGGACCAUACCUGUCUGUGUCUGAAGAUCUGGAAAGCCUGAGAUAUGAGGGAGAGGAGAUUGUAAAACCGCAGAACCCAGAAAGAUUCAAGGAGUACCCAACUGUUCUUGGAUUAAGGGGGUUUAAAUCAGGGACUCAUAGCUGGGAUGUUAAGGUCAGAAGUGAUGCAAACUGGGCUAUUGGUGUGAUAGCAGAGUCUGUGUCGAGGAAGGGAGACAUCCAGAGUGGAUACUGGGAGGUGUGGUUUCAUGAUGGUAAAUACAGAGCGUACGCUCCACCAAAGAUAGAUAACAUUCUCUCUUUGAAUCGACCGCUGCAGAAGAUCAGAGUCAAGCUGGACUGGAGCAAAGGGAAACUGUCUUUCUAUGAUUCAGAUACCAACACACUCCUCUACACCUUCAGUCAGACCUUCACUGAGCGUCUGUUACCUUUUGUUAACACAGUGAAUAAAAAUCCACUGAGCAUAGUCCCAAAGAAAGUCACCGUAGAGAUAGAGGAGUAGAUUGUUGAGUUGAAGCCUCUAAGAAAUCAUGUAUGUAGACGGGGUUGUUUGUCCAUAAUGUGUAUGAUAAUUCAAUCACAACGACAGAAGAUUGCUGCUUGCUAAAUGAUGAUUAUGCUGCUUUAUUAAAUAGUUAAAUGUAUGGUUCAUGUACAGUGUCAUUGGAAUGAAUGCAUAAUGCAUAAAAGAUUGAAAAAGUGCCAAACUUUGACAGGUUGAUGUGAAAAAACCUGACAGAUAUGAAAUGAAAAUUCAUGCUGAAAAUGCCUGACAUGUUGGGAAUGUUUUAAAGGUGGAAUUGAGUUUCUGGGGCACGGGUGGCCUGGGUUCAAGUCUGGCCUGUAGCUCAUCUCUGUAUCUAACUCUGUCCAUAAAUUAAGGCAUUGUAGAGCCUAAAAAUAUAUAUUAAAAACUAAAAGGGUUGAACAGAGUUUCUUAGUGAACUUAUAAAGGAGUUACAAUGGUUUUAACAAAGAUGAAAGUGAAGCUCUAUUUCUACGCCACUGUAUUAAUAAAUAACUUUUCUUUUUGAGCUUGCUUGCACCAUGUCAAUAAGAAGAGAUGUUGACAGAUGAAAAUUAUUUUAAGUUGUUAACUGUGUCUUAAAAUUCACCAAUUUAAAGCUGUAAAGGAUGUUUGAUCUACUUUAUAAACCAAAUCUACUCGGCUUUCUAACUACAAUAAAAAAAAUGAA